UAACAAUAAUCCGCGUAAUCCCGUGGAACAUCUCGGAUGUUCACAGUGUCACCACUGCAGUGAUGUGGGAGGCCACAAGCAGACCAAGCCUCCUCUAUAAAGAUUUAUGGGUUUUUAAAAGCAACAGCUUACGCUGCAAAACUCUCAAAACAACAUUUCAUUGAUUUAAUCAUUAAAUCACGAUUUCAUACAAUUGUUAAGAAUGUGGAGACAGUGGUAUUAAAACCAACCAGGAGCGAACAAUAACAAACAACUUAUUAAAUUGAUUCAAUAAGUCGCCUUUUUCUGUCUUUAAAGGCUACUACAUCCAUCAUGGAUGGGGUAAGGACUGGUCUCGUCUUUGGGGGUUUUCUGGUGGUGUUGGUUUCAGUCACUUCCGGUCUGUCGCCACCUACCAUCGCGUCCAGCGAAGAAGAGUUGGUCCUGCAGCCAAACGCCGCCUUCAACAUCAGCUGCAGCGGCAGCGAGAGCGUCAUUUGGGUCGAUCCCCUCCUGGACAACACCUACGUGCAGUCGGGGUACAACACGGCGACGCUUUUCAUUCUCAACGCCACCGUGGAAAACACCGACUACUACAUGUGCACCUACGAGUCCCUCAAGGACCAACCGGAAGGAGAGAAUGAGGCGGGAAUAUACGUCUUCGUAACAGAUCCCCAGUUUCCCUUCGUCCCUGAGACCCCAGAGAACCUGCAAGUCACCAUUGACAGAGUGGGGGUCCCCAUCCCCUGCCGAGUGUCGGACCCUAACUCUCAUGUGACUCUGAGGAGCGUCUCCAGUGGAGAGGAGAUUCCCACCCUCUACGACAACAAGAUGGGCUUCUUCGGCCACCUGUCGCCCGGGCAGUACCUGUGUGAAACCACGGUGAACGGCAGGACGGUCACGAGUGACGUCUACACCGUGGACACCGAAGACGCUUCCGAGGAGGUGGGGGAUUUUGAUGUGGAGGUGAAAGCCAGCGGCGAGCUGGUGAGAGCCGGGGAGCCCUUCAACGUAACAUGCGUCGCUCCCUCAGGACCCACCUUCCAGCAGCAGUGGCUGCACCUCAAGAGACAGGCCAGGGACGCAGUUCAGACGAAGCAGACGCUCCUCGGCCGGGUCGUCUACACCCUCAGCGUCCCGCGGGCCUCUCUUUGGGACAGCGGCGCCUACGAGUGCUCCGUCACCGAGGAGCUCAGCGGCGAGAUCAGAGUCGGCAGCGCGGCGGUCGCCGUCUCCGAGGAGAAUUCCUUCGUGUCGCUGGACCACAGCGGGAUCGGGGCCACAGAGUUUGUGAGCCUUCUGGAGGAGACGGAGUUCCUCAUCCUCAUCCACGCCUUCCCGGCCCCCAAAGUGACCUGGCUGAAAGACGGAAAAGACCUGUCACAGAACUACUUUGUCCUCACAAAGACCAGCCACGUGGAAGGGAACCGGUACCGAAGCAUCCUGACACUACGGCAGCCUCUGGGGAAAGACGACGGCAACUACACCAUCCGAGCCCUCAGUGGCUCCCGCACCGCCCAGUUCUCCUUCACCCUCAAAGUGAAGGCCCCCACCGCCGUGAUGUUCCCCCCGUCCUCCGCCCCGGUGCUGCUGCCGCGGACGGAGGAGCUGGUGGUGCCCCUCCGCACGCCGUUCACCCUGACCUGUCGGGGGGAGGCCAAACUGGCCUGGGUGACGCCGCCUGGCGUGGACGAGCAAAUGCGAGAGGACAACAGCGGCCUGUUCGUCACCACGGUUACCGUGGACGACGCCACGGCGAUGCACACCGGCUACUACACCUGCUUCUACAGCCAGAACACCACGGAGGAGGCGGAGGACAGCAGCAUCUACGUCUACGUGCCAGACCCGGACGUCCCCUUUGUGCCCUCGCUGGAACCCUUCAGCAACCUCAUCCUGUCCGACCACAAGGACAUGGAGAUCCAGUGCCGCGUGUCCGACCCCAGCGCCAACGUGACCCUGGUCAACGUGGAGACCCAGCAGCCCGUCGCCAGCGUGUACGACAGCAAGCGGGGCGCCGUGGGGGUGUUCGCCGCCGGCACCUACGUCUGCAAGGCGCUCAUCAACGGAGAGGAGCAUCACAGCGAGGAGUACAUCGUCCACGGCUGGCCAGGUGGCAACCCGCUGCACGUUGAGCUGACCGCCGAGCGGACCGCUCUGCUUGUGGGCGACCCCCUCACCGUCAUCUGUGUGGCUCGGGGGUCCGAGAUCCUGGAGGACCACUGGAAGUACCCCGGAAAAGUGGCGAAUCGCGGCGUGAAAACGGUGCGAGACAUCCCGAGGCUUCAGGAGAUCCGCUACAACCUGACCAUCCAUCAGGUCUCCGUCAAAGACAGCGGCAUCUACUCGUGCUCCAUCACCGACGUCGUCAGCGAGGAGAGCCAGACCAAGGAGGUGGCCAUUCGCGUGUUCGCCAGCGACUUCCUGUCCGUCUGGCCCGAGUUUUCAGAAUACGAGUCGGCGGAGCUGGACGAGGUCCGAGAGUUCAGGGCCGAGAUCAGCUCCUUCCCCGCCGCCCGCGUCACGUGGCUCAAAGACGGCGCGGCGCUCGGCGACGUGACGGCGGAGAUCGGCCUCCGUCAGCUCAGCGAGACCAGCUACAUGAGCGUUCUCACCCUGAUCCGGGCCAAGGAGGAGGACAGCGGGAACUACACCAUGCGGGUGGAGAACGGAGACCAGAGACGCGACGUCAGCCUGAUGCUGCAGGUCAAAGUGCCUGCAGUCAUCGUGAACCUGAUGGACAUCCAUCACGGCGCCGCCACCACCGGCCAGUCGGUGGUGUGCAUCGCCAGAGGGCAGCCCCUCCCGGUGGUGGAGUGGUUCAUCUGCAAGAGCAUCAAACAUUGUGCCAACGACUCGUUCGCAUGGGCGCCGCUCCCCGCCAACUCCACGGAGGUCACGGCGGACUCGCACGUGAACGAGGACGGCGACCUGGAGAGCCAGGUCAUGUUCGGCCACCUGCAGAACACGCUGGCCGUGCGCUGCCUGGCCCGCAACGACAUGGCCGCCGUCAGCAGGGAGAUCAAGCUGGUGUCCAGUGGGCCUCACCAGGAGCUGACCGUAGCCGCCGCCGUGCUGGUGCUGCUGGUCAUUGUCAUCAUCUCACUCAUUGUCUUGGUUGUUAUCUGGAAACAGAAGCCGCGCUACGAGAUCCGCUGGCGGGUCAUCGAGUCCGUGAGCCCCGACGGACACGAGUACAUCUACGUGGACCCCAUGCAGCUCCCCUACGACUCGCGCUGGGAGUUCCCCCGGGACCGGCUGGUGCUCGGUCGCAUCCUGGGCUCCGGCGCCUUCGGGAAGGUGGUGGAGGGCACCGCCUACGGACUCAGCCGCUCGCAGCCCGUCAUGAAGGUGGCCGUGAAGAUGCUGAAACCCACGGCCCGCUCCAGUGAGAAGCAGGCCCUGAUGUCAGAGCUGAAGAUCAUGACUCACCUCGGGCCGCACCUCAACAUCGUUAACCUCCUGGGAGCCUGCACCAAAUCAGGGCCCAUCUACAUCAUCACGGAGUACUGCUUCUACGGGGACCUGGUCAACUACCUGCACAAGAACAGGGAGACCUUCCUCAGCCUGAACCCAGAGAAGACCAAGAAAGAGCUGGACAUCUUUGGGAUCAACCCUGCAGAUGAGAGCAGCAGGAGCUACGUGAUCCUGUCCUUCGAGAGCAAGGGCGACUACAUGGACAUGAAGCAGGCCGACAGCACGCAGUACGUCCCCAUGCUGGAGAUGAGCGACGCCUCCAAGUACUCGGACAUCCAGAGGUCCGAGUACGACCACCCCCCCUCUCAGAAAGAGGACGAGAUGGACGAGCUGCUGUCAGACGAGGGCCUCAGCACCACCGAUCUGCUCAGCUUCACCUACCAGGUGGCCAAAGGCAUGGAGUUCCUGGCCUCCAAGAAUUGUGUGCAUCGGGACCUGGCCGCCAGGAACGUCCUCCUCUCUCAAGGAAAGAUGGUGAAGAUCUGUGACUUCGGCCUCGCCCGGGACAUCCUGCACGACAGCAACUACGUCUCCAAAGGGAGCACGUUCCUGCCCGUGAAGUGGAUGGCCCCGGAGAGUAUCUUUGACAACAUGUACACCACCCUGAGUGACGUGUGGUCCUACGGCAUCCUGCUGUGGGAGAUAUUCUCCUUGGGUGGAACCCCGUACCCGGGCAUGGUGGUGGACUCGAGCUUCUACAACAAGAUCAAGAGUGGAUACAGGAUGUCCAAACCGGAGCUGGCCCCCGACGACGUGUACGAGAUGAUGAUGAAGUGCUGGAACAGCGAGCCGGAGAAGAGGCCUUCGUUCCUGGGUCUGAGUGACACUGUAUCUUCUCUGCUGCCCUCCAGCUACAAGAGGCACUACGAGAGGGUCAACCGCCAGUUCCUGAAGAGCGACCACCCCGCCGUGACCCGGGUGUGCGCGGAGAGCGACGACGCCUACAUCGGCAUCAGCCACAAGAGCAACAACAAGCUGAAGGACCGCGAGAGCGGCUUCGACGAGCAGCGGCUGAGCUCCGACAGCGGCUACAUCAUCCCGCUGCCCGACCUGGAGCCGCCAUCCGACGACGAGUACGGCAAGAGGAACCGCCACGGCUCUCAGACGUCCGAGGAGAGCGCCAUCGAGACGGGCUCCAGCAGCUCCACCUACGCCAAGCGCGAGGGGGAGACCCUGGAGGACAUCACGCUGCUGGAUGAGAUGUGCCUGGACUGCAGCGACCUGGGGGAGGACAGCUUCCUGUGACAGACACCCCAAGUAGGGGGGGUGGGGGGCUCCUCGAAGGACGCGGGGGACUAGAGAUAAAAAAAAAACUUGUUAAAUCAACCAAAGACUCCUCCUUGGACAUCUCUGGAUGUGGUGACAGCGUGGCCUUCGCCCCCCCCCCCCCCCCCUGGAAGAGAUCGUGACACUUAAAGGGACUUAAAGAGUGUCGGACCUACAACAGAUCUACUUUAUUUUUUCACUUGCAGAGCUUUAUCCUAUCGGGCAUUCUUCCAGCAGCAAUAUAAGCAGCAACAAAAUGUCAUUCAUAUUAUAUAUAAAUACAAAUAUAUAUAUAUAACCACUAGAGAUGCACUAAAGGAGGCCGAUAGCAGCAACCCGUAUGCAGGUAAACUCACUUUUCUUCACCUGAAGCACAAUCACAGAAUCUGGACUUUGUCUUUCGCUUAUGAACAAUUCUGUGUUUUGUUUUUUAACGCGAGCGGUAAAAUCAAAUUUAUUUUUCUACUUCGUCGCUGUGUGGACGUGUGUGUCCUGAGGAGGACAUCCUUUGAGCUGAUGACGUCACACGUGUCACAUGUGAACAACACAAAGACAACAACAAAGUGUGAUUGUAUUGUAAAUAAGAGUUAUUGGGAUAACAGUUAUUUUAUGUAAGCACAUAUUUAGCUUCUGCAAUGCUUCCAACAAUUUAAAUGUCAGUAAUUGUCCUCCAAUAGGAAUCAAUCAUCUAGUGGGAAACGUAUAGUCUGGCGGUUGUAUUAGAUUAUAUUCAUAUUUUAUCAUGUUUUUAAUGUGCCAUAUGAAUAGUAAUCGCUUCAGCUCCGACACAAAUAAGAGAUGGAGGUAGAAACCAAGCAGCAGGUGGUUGUCCUCUUGUGUCCAACAGGAAGUUAGAGUCCCACCGGUUCCCUUUACAAAGAGGACGGUUCGUCAAGAUAAUCUUUGCAAAUGAGCACCACUUGUAGGAUGUUUUUUUUUUCAA